AGCUCACUGAUCGAGGGCAAAGUUUCCAGUGGAGCGUGUAUGUUGCUGUUAUCUGCCGCGCGCACGCACACACACACACAUAGACACAGACACACACACACACACGGGCUUUCAGCUGCACGGAGAGGAGAGCGGAUACAUGCAGCAUGUAGCCCGGACUGAGGACAGCUGCUGAAUGCCUGUUCUCCAUCCACCGCACCGACCCGAGCUCCGGUGACCCGCUUCCCUGAGCCGUCAUGGGGGGGAGUCUGGGUUGCCACCGCUCCAUUCCCAGGGACCCCACGGACCUGAGCUGCGGGAAGCGCAAAUUCAGCGCUGCGUGUAACUUCGGCCACAUCCUGGUGAACCAGGAGCGGCUCAACAUCAACACGGCCACCGAGGAGGAGCUCAUGACUCUGCCGGGAGUCAACCGCUGCGUCGCGCAGAAUAUCGUGGAGUACCGAGACUGCAUCGGGGGGUUUAAGAAGGUGGAGGACCUGGCUCUGGUGAGCGGGAUCGGGGCCUCCAAACUGGAGGUGAUCAAGCUGGAAAUCUGCGUCUCCAGCAGAACCAGCUCGUCCCAGCACUCUCCGUCGUCCCUGCGCAAAGACCUGGAUCACCAGUCCUGCACCGGGAUGAACAUCAACACCGCCACCCCGGCGCAGCUCAUGAGCAUCCGAGGCAUCACGGAGAAGAUAGCCAAGAACAUCGUGGUGUACCGGGCGGAGCACGGCCCGUUCAGGAGCAUCGAGGACCUGGUGCGGGUCCACCACAUCAACAGCUCCCUGCUGGACAAGAUCCGCUUCCAGGUGUUUGUGGAGCGCUCCAGGGCGCCGUCCACCAACACCAACGGGGGGCUGACCUGCACCACCAAGUCCCACCCCAGCCCGACUUCAUUCAGCUUCAGGAGCGACGACCUGGACCUCCCGCCCGGAGGACCGACCCAGAUCAUCUCCGUGCGGCCCAGCGUGGAGCCGCCUCCCGGGCUGCGGGACGGGAAGCCCGUGGUGCGGCUGGCCACCUGGAGCCUGCAGGACUGCUCCUGCGACAAGGCCAACAACCCGGGGGUCAAAGAGGUGGUGUGCAUGACCCUGCUGGAGAAUGACAUCAAGCUGCUGGCAGUGCAGGACCUGCUGGAGCGGGAGGCUCUCGAUAAGUUCUGUGUGGAGUUAAACCAAGGAACGCUGUCCAGCAUACGGAAGUGGAAAUGGCCACGAGGAUCAUGGAAAAGUGUUGUGUCUGAAAAACCCACUGGGCGCUCGGGCAAGGGAGUGAGCUACUCUGGUUUUCUGUGGGACACCUCUUCCGGCAUUGACCUGAAGGAUGCUGCCGUCCUGGAGUCUCCCGCCGUCAACGGCAAUGGGAAUCACACCUCCCCUCGACUCUACCUCGCUCACUUCUUUGUCGGUUCAUAUGAACUGACAGUGGUGAACGUCCACAUGCAGGCCGCCGCCGCACCAGGAGAGUCCAACGGCAAGAACCACAACACAGAGGAAGUGAAGUGUCAGCACCUCUCCCCGAGUAUCCAGGAGACACUCAAAGGUGAGAAGGAGUUGGUGGUGCUGGGAGAUUUUGGCUGCCCCCCUCUGAGCUCAGAGCUGGACAUACUGAGAAAAGAGAAGCUCUGUGCCCUGGUCCCAUCCACCCAGUUCACAAACAUCAGCACCCGCUCACCGCAGGGCACCCACUGCCUGGAUAACAUCUGGGUCAGCCGCUCCCUCAAGAAGAUCUGCUGUGGCCACUGCGUCGUAGUGCGGGAGGGCUUGACGAACCCCUGGAUUCCAGAUAACUGGUCGUGGGGUGGGGUGGCGUCAGAUCACUGCCCCGUGGUGGCGGAGUUUUACGCCGAUGUAUCCCCCAAGGAGCUGAGCAGACCGGGUAUGGCGGUGGACAGAAGAGACAUUAUGCCCAAACAUGAGCGGUGACGACAUGACGACAUCAGAAUGACUUUGUCCUGUCUGGGUCCUGCUCAAUCUUGGUUUGCCAUGAAUGAAGAGUUUCCUGAUGAAUGUGAAGAAGCACCAAGAUUGCCUUUUUUGCGUUUCACUUUAUCAAUGUAAAAUAGUAAGUGGUGUAGAAGUCAUAGAACCAUACAAAAGUCAGAGAAAAAAUAUAUAAUGUACUUUAAAGAGAAAUGUGCCAAACAUUUUCUAUAUGUAUAUGAAAUAAAGAUAAAUUAAUAGA